UCACAAAAUGGCCGCCGCGCCGAAUCUCUGAACCUACAGGUUUUUGACAUCUCUGCCGCCUCCUACUCCUCCUUUCCUACAUCCUCCCUUCUUCCUCCUACCCCGGCCUGGAAGCCGAAGGUCCGGUCCUCAUCACAUUUCCAGUUAUUAGUGCUCUCUCAAUAGCUAAUACCCAAGGGGGGUAUCGGGAGGCUCUGCUGCUGCACGUAUAAAAAAGGUGUGAGAACUUUAAAUUUGUAUACAAAGGUGGCAGCACUUAUGCAUGGUCUGUGGCUGCUUGCAGAUGGAAUUUUACUAGAAGACUCAACAGUAGGAAUCCACAGGAUUUUUGUUUUCUACUAAAUAUAUUGCAACCCACAUUGCAUCAUGUUCAGACGACCGGACUUAUCUGGAAUGCAUAAAAUGAUGCGUCCUGUCCCCAGCAGUAACGUGUCUUCCUGCCUUAACCAGGACAGCAUGAGAAGUGUUGAUCAGUUUGGCUUGUAUGCUGCCCAGCAGAACAAAUACAGCCAUUCAGUCAGUCACAAGACCAUUUCUUGUCAGACACAAGAAACUAUAAAUGAGGCACAUUUACAGACAACCAGCAACAGGGAUUUGGAUACAAAGAAUGAUCUAAAGAAAAAGAAGAACCUUGGCAGGUCUGGGAAGCGAGGAAGACCAUCUGGGACCACUAAAUCAGCAGGCUACAGAACCAGCACUGGUAGACCCCUGGGGACCACCAAAGCUGCUGGAUUUAAGACAAGUCCGGGCAGACCCUUGGGUACAACCAAAGCCGCCGGAUACAAAGUCAGCCCAGGGAGACCUCCAGGUAGCAUAAAAGCUCUAUCACGGCUUGCAAACCUAGGUUACACAAGUAACAAUGCAGAAUUUCCCUACCCCACAUCACUUAGCAGAGGACUACAUUCUGCUGUGGAUGCCAACAUCAAACAUCCUGUUGAGUAGGAGUCAAAAAGCUUUCUGUGCAUAUAUGUAGGAUGAAGCAUAUCAGGCCAUUGUAUUAUUUCAUUGUUGUCUUUUAAUUUUAUAAAAUUUAUUUUCCGCUGGUGUGAUUGAAUCACUUUUACAUAUUUACAAAAUACAAAAAUAGCAGCUUCGCAUAAACCAUGUUGGUUUAUGCUCAGUACUGCACACAUACUAAAAAUUGUUUUUAUCUUUAUGCUGGCUUGUAAUUAUGAUAUAUCGUGUUAAUUUUAGUUAGCAUGUAGUGAUAGUCUGUCUGCUCUCUAUGUGGAGAAAUGUAAUUUUUGUUGGUCUUGGCGCAUUACUUUCAACUCACUUUAGCUAAAGAAACACAGCCAUAAACAGUGCUAGACACAUACUUGUAAUUAAGUAUAAAUAGGAAAAUUGGAAGCUGACAAUUAUUAAAGAAAACAAAGAAUUUUGUUAAUUCUAGCAUUUUAUAUUCAUGUUACCUAAAAAUAGCAAGUCACCAUUGUAUAAUCACAGAUGAGGGAUUUAUAAAACCAAAAAUGUAACAUUACAUAAAUGGAAUUUUGUUUAAAGAAAACAUGCAGAGAAUAUAACAAACACAGUGUAAAUAUUUAAGUUCUGUGGGUACAUUUGUGGAACUCCUAUUUAAACAGGUACAUUUAGUCCAAAGAAUACAAUUUGGGAGAAUUUACCUUUUUUUUUUUCAAUCCUAUUUUUUAGUAAUGAUGAUUUAAAUAUUAAGUCUCCUAUUUAUCUAAUUAUCUAACCGUCUACUUUAUAUAUUUUUUUUCUCCAUUCUUUAUGUUCUUUAAUUGGGGAAUAUUUGAGAUUUGUUUUUAAUUCCAAAUUGCUUUUAAUUUAGUUAUUGAGAUCUAAAGCAGAGACCAAAAAAAGUGUAAAUUUUAUACAUUUUUCUUAGGGCUUUUGAAAUAAGACAUUUAACAAAUCACAACCCCAUCUAACUUGAAAAAUGACAAAACAUGGCAAAAAUUAGAAAGAUUUGAAAGGAUUUGGCUGUAUUGUGUUGCAUGACUUUCUAGUACUCUAAUGUAUAAAUAAUGCAGAGCACUUGUGAAAGCCUAGGAAUAAACAGAAAUUACUUUUCAAAUAGCUUGAUGCCUUUAAAUGUAUGUGUAGCUUUCCUGCAACAAUUCUUGUGCUGCACCAAACUAAUGCUACUACUGAACAGCCAUUUUCCUUUCAUGGUAAGUCAUAAUAGUUCACAUUUUUAUGACAUUGCCUAUAAUGUCUCGAAAUCCAAACUGGAAAAUGAUUGAAAUAUUCAAACUUUCAAGCAAUGUCAUGAGCAUAAAGUGGGAGAAGUGCCCUUAGACUACCUCAAUUGUAGUUUGCUAGAAAAACAAGAGAGCUUUCCCCAGUAAACGUAUUGUGCAGAAUGAAUCACACAUGUAUGAAAAUCUACUUCCAAUAUAAAAUCUCAAAUUCUACAGUCUUCUCAAUUUAGGUUAGAAAUUUUGGAUGAGGAUAUGCAUAUAAGAAUGUGUUUUAUUUUUAUAAUCCUUUCCUCGAUCAUAUACACAUCCCUUUUAUAAUAUAUACCAGCUGUUUUAAACUGCAUUGUAAACAAUCACAGUUUUUAAGUUUUGUUCUGGGAAAAGUGUUUUUUUUUUUUUUUUCUUAAUUUUUUGUGAAUUGUACAGUAAUGAGCCCUGUCAGUUAAUUACACCCACCAUAACUUUAAUAAAGUGGUAGUUUGUGUAUACACACACACAUGCAUAUUAAAACCCCUGAGCAAAACACCAGUGAUGAGAGAUUGCACUUUUACUAAAAUUUAUUUGCAUGAAUUUUUUUGUAUUCUGGGUACAGUCAAAGUCCAUUGAGUCUAAUAAAAGACAUUCUGGGGAAAAAAAUUAAGUAGAAAAUUGAUGUCAACCAGAAAAUAGACUAAUGUAAUUAUAAACUACACACUGAUCAGGACAACAAUAAAGUGGUAUUUUGUAAAAAGCUGACCCGGGGGGUUUCAGUGAGAUCCAAUAUGAGCCCUAUGUUUAUGAUCGAAGUGGACUCAAAGUAUUAAAUGCUAGUGGUUGAGUCCUUAAUUCAUGUUGGGGAGAAGAAAUCUUAUUUCUUUAAUUUUCCAGACCUUUGUCAGCAAUAUUAGUUAGUAAUUGGUUACCUGUCUUCAUAUAGCAAGAGAUAGCAAUCUGCUGCUAUUUUGAUUAGAAGGAAACUUUGCUGGAUUAAGACCAGAUGUCACAUUUCAUGCCUUUCUUGUCAGGAAAAAAGCAGCAAGCCUUCAUGUGUUCCAGUGAUGCGUAGGACAAAAUGGGUUGGACUUAAAUCGAAUCUUUACCGUACGAUAUUAUGAUUUAUAUAUUCUGGACCUAUUUCGCACCACGUGCAAUCAAGAAAAUGAGCUUUUCAAGCCUUCGUACCGCUCAUUGUAACAAAUCCUAUUGAUCAAUUGGAUGACUACUUAAUUGUUUUUAUCUGGCAGCUAAGUGGAUAUUAAGUGUCGGUUCUACUAAUUGCAAUGGUUGCUUUGGUUUUAUUGGUUUAGGGAAGAUUAAAUCUUUCCUCACCUUCUGUUUUGCUUCUUUCAGUUUGGCAGUUUGAUUUAUAGUAUCCUGCAAUUAAAAGUCAGAAAACUACUUUCAACACCUGAUACACCAACAAAAUUAAAAUGAGGUGUUGGACGGAAACAAAUGCACAGAGAAGUCUCCAGAACAGUGAACACGUGCCAUCCUAUUUGAGCCCUGCAAAUAAUUCAUGUAUUAUUGCAUAUUUGGCAACUAAAAAUAAAAUGGCAAAAAAUAAAAAUGGGACUGAUGCUUUAAAGAGACUUGAUAUUGAAAUGUUGCUGUAUUUCUGCCAUCGUGUAUUGAGUUUAUGGGCGAUUCAUGAGUUUCUAAAUGUGUAUGCCCAGUCACAAACAAAGACUAUUUUGGAUUCAGGAUACAGUUAAAAUGCAACCACAGGAGUUUGGUUACACGCCAUCCUUUAAAGAUGUGGAAUCUUCCAAAGCCAUCUUCAUGACCCAGUUUUCAUCACAUUAAUCAAGUGCUGAUAAUCCUUAUUUCACUUCUCUUCCACUGAAAGAAAUGUGUUCUACACUAUCCGGUUAUCUCUCAACUUGUUCUUUGUUAAUGUCACAGCUACAGUGAGUUAUUUUUGUGUUGUACAUCACCUAAUGACCUGUAUAACUGUAUUACAAAUUCUUUAGAGGCCUCGGAAAGGGGAAAAGAAGUCAUCCAUACUGUUUCUUGGAGACAAAUGAAAUGGAAGCCUAUUUCUAAUCUAUUUAAAUGUAUGAAGUGUAUGCAAAACAUGUAUCCCUUGUGGUUUUUGUUUUUCAUAGAUGUGACAAUAUCAGGAUCUUCUGUACCUGGCUGCAUUUGUAUUUUCAGGCAGUGGGACUCAAGGCCUCAACCUCACUGAACUUACAAAAAGUAAGCUGUUCACUUCUAUACUAAAUAACACCAUGUAACAUUUCCUUUUUUUUAUUUUAUUUUUUUUUAUUUUUUUAAAUACUACGUGAAUGCUCUGCUUUACUCUAGCACUCUGCAUAGAGACAUUAUCUUAAAAAGAUAUAUAUACUAGCUUGAAAAAAAAAAAAAAAACCCACAUCCACAGAUAAACAUAUGAGCACAUUACCCUUGAAUGGUAAACUUCAAAUUAUAUUAAGACUUUGAAUUUUGUGUCCUCAUUUCUAUUGUUGUGAAGUCAUGUAAGAGUAGUAAAACAGAUGUGUGUAUAAUGAAUAAGAAUAUUCUUUACACUAUGGCAUAUUAAAAACUGGAAGUUUUUCAUUCUUUUA